AAAAAAAAAAAAAAGUAUUGAAACUUGAAAUGAACGAGUGAACCGCGUUACCUUGUCUUCCCGCCGCCCCCACUGCUAUCGACCACUGAUGACGACGGUGAUAUCGGUUACUCAAAGGUAACCAAAUUCAUAUUCAUAUUCAUAUUGAUGUAUGAGUAUAUUGCAUUACUUAGCCCAUUUUACUUUCUCUGAUUUUAAAGAACAAUCUCUUAAGACCUUUCUUAUGAUGCAAAAAAGAGGGUUUAAGACACUCUUUCAGUUUCAGUCAAUCCCCAAAAUUUUCAAAAACCCCUUACCACUGAUCCUGCUCCCUUCUUCGAAAACCUCAUCCCAAACCACUUCCAAUACUCACCGCCAUACUCCCUUCGCCACCAGAUUCCUCUCCACUUCUUUACCGGAUGAUCUUCAAGGAUUGGUCGACCCGCAAGACCCUUUGGCGCUGGAGGCUUCCCGCGUGGAGUCUUUUUCAGCCCAAGAAUUUGCUCUCUUGCGUGACUCAUUGGAUUCCAAUGUUGUUGAUUCUGGCAAUUCGGAAGGUAAGAUUGCGUCAGGGAAGUUUUCGAGUGAGGCACUUUUAAUUUACACAGCGAUUAGAGAUUAUAAUGAUGGGUUUGGUGACCAGACUCAGAGAUUUCUUAGGCAGUAUAGGGACAAGUUGAGUGAAAGUUUGGUGGUUGAUAUCUUGAAUCUUGUACAAAAUCCUGAAUUGGGUGUGAAGUUUUUCAUCUGGGCUGGUCGCCAAAUUGGGUAUAGCCACACUUUUCCUGUGUACAAUGCAUUGUUGGAGGUGUUGAAGUGUGAUGGUAAGCGUAGAAUACCAGAAUGUUUUCUUCAAGAAAUUAAGAGUGAUGACAGGGAGGUUCUUGGGAAGUUGCUCAAUGUUUUGAUUAGGAAGUAUUGCCGAAAUGGAUGUUGGAAUGUAGCUCUUGAAGAAUUGGGGAGGCUAAAGAAUUAUGGGUACAAACCAACCAGAGCAACUUACAAUGCAUUGGUUCAAGUAUUUACAGCAGCUAAUCGGUUGGACACUGCACAGUUGGUCUACCGGGAGAUGUGGGACUUGGGGUUUAGGAUGGAUGGGUUCACGUUAGGUUGUUUUGCCCAUACGCUUUGCAAGGUUGGGAAAUGGAGGGAAGCCCUCACUUUGAUUGAGAAGGAAGAGUUUGUGCCUGAUACAAUUCUCUAUACGAAGAUGAUAUCUGGAAUGUGUGAAGCUUCCCUUUUUGAAGAAGCUAUGGACUUCUUGAACAGAAUGCGGUCUAGCUCUUGCAUUCCAAAUGUUGUGACAUAUAGGAUUUUGCUUUGUGGCUGUUUAAGAAAAGGGCAGCUUGGUAGAUGUAAGAGAAUUCUUAAUAUGAUGAUUGCAGAAGGUUGUUAUCCCAGUCCUAAGAUAUUUAAUUCUCUUAUCCAUGCUUACUGCAGAUCAGAAGAUUACAGUUAUGCCUAUAAAUUGGUAAAGAAAAUGGUAAAAUGUGGUUGUCAGCCUGGAUAUGUUGUUUAUAAUAUCUUGAUUGGUGGUAUAUGUAGCAAAGAAGAAUUACCGAGCUCAGAUUUGUUGGAUUUGGCUGAAAACGCUUAUAGUGAGAUGCUUGAUGCGGGGAUUGUGUUAAAUAAGGUCAACACUAGUAACUUUGUUAGCUAUCUUUGUGGUGCCAGAAAAUUUGAGAAAGCCUAUAAUGUUAUCAGUGAUAUGAUAGGCAAGGGCUUUGUUCCUGAUACUAGUACAUACUCUAAGGUGAUUGGUUUUCUGUGCAACUCCACCAGGAUAGAAAAAGCUUUUUCAUUGUUCGAAGAAAUGAAAAGGAAUGGUGUUGUUCCUGAUGUCUAUACAUAUACUAUUAUGAUUGAUAGUUUUUGUAAAGCUGGCCUUGUUCAACAGGCUUACAAUUUGUUUGAUGAGAUGAUACUAAAUGGUUGUUCCCCGAAUGUGGUUACUUUUACUGCUCUUAUACAUGCAUACCUUAAAGCUAGGAAGGUGUCCAAUGCAAAUGAACUAUUUCAAAUGAUGUCAAAAGAAGGUUGUGCCCCAAAUGUUGUUACAUAUACAGCUUUGAUAGAUGGACAUUGUAAAGCUGGUGAAACUGAAAAAGCUUGUCUAAUUUAUGAAAGAAUGAUAGGUAAUGUUGACAGCCCUGACUUGGAUUUAUAUUUCAGAAAUGGUGAUUGCAGUUCAGAAAAACCAAAUGUUUUUACAUACGGAGCUUUGGUGGAUGGUUUGUGUAAAGCUCAUAAGGUCAAAGAGGCUCGUGAUUUAUUGGGUGCUAUGUCUGCAGGAGGUUGUGAACCUAACCAUAUUGUGUAUGAUGCUCUCAUAGAUGGAUUUUGCAAGGCUGGAAAGCUUGAUGAAGCGCAGAAUGUAUUUUCAAAGAUGUCAGAGCAUGGUUAUAGUCCAACCAUAUACACUUAUGGCUCUUUGAUUGAUAGGCUGUUUAAGGAUAAAAGAUUGGAUCUUGUCUUGAAAGUAUUGUCUAAAAUGCUAGAAAACUCAUGCACCCCCAAUGUUGUUAUCUAUACAGAGAUGAUUGAUGGCCUGUGUAAAGUGGGAAAGCUAGAUGAGGCCUAUAAGCUCAUGUUAAUGAUGGAGGAAAAAAAGUGUCACCCAAAUGUUGUGACUUAUACUGCAAUGAUGGAUGGUUUUGGGAAAGCCGGUAAAAUUGACAGAUGCCUUGAACUCUUGCAAGAGAUGAGCUUGAAGGGUUGUGCUCCAAAUUUUAUCACAUACAAUGUUUUAAUUAAUCACUGCUGUGCUGUGGGCCGCUUGCACGAGGCACAUGAACUUUUGGAGGAGAUGAAACAAACAUAUUGGCCAAAGCAUAUGGCAAGCUACCAAAAGGUUAUUGAAGGUUAUAGCAGAGAGUUCCUAGUCUCUCUUGGGAUUUUAAAUGAGAUGGGUGAUACUGAUUCAGUGCCAAUUUUUUCAGUAUAUAGUAUUCUGAUUGAUAAUUUUGUGAAGGCGGGAAAAGUCGAAGUGGCUUUGGAGUUGUUUGAAGAGAUUUCAUCAUCAACACCAUUAACACCUUUAAGCAAGAAUAUGUAUAUUUCUUUGAUUGAGAGCCUUUCAAAUGCAAGUAAGGUUGGCAAGGCAUUUGAAUUGUUUGCUGAUAUGUUAAGACGUGGUGGAGUUCCACAUCUAGGUACUCUUGUUCACCUUAUUAAAGGACUCACUAAACUCAAAAUGUGGGAUGAAGCACUUCAGUUAUCAGACAGCAUACAAAAAAUGGAUAUCGAUUGGCAACAACAUGAAGAGACGCCCGACUGAAACUAGGCUCUUUUGGCAUAGCUUAUUGAUGCUUGGUUUGAUGAUUACUAAUGGUGUCUGGAAGUUUUAUUUGAGAGAUGGACAUCUUAGCGGAUUAUUCCUGUAGGCAUAUGUAAAACCUGAGGAAAUGGGUGUGCAUUGUGCUUAAUCGAAGGAUUCAGCAGGAUUUUGAAAGCUGUACUUCGUCUUAUGAAGUAGCAGGAGACGUGAAAAGCCCGAAGAACCUUCAAUUCCUUGCAAGAAAAAGUUUACCGAAUACAAAGACGGAUUCAAGAUUGAUCAUUACAGAAAUUGAAAGCGUGCAUUGAUGACGUAGUGUUUUGUGUAGCUGACAUUUGAUUCAAUCCAAGACUGGGAAUGCAAGUUAGCAAGCAAGCAAGAAAGAAAGGUACAGUUACAAAGGUGAAGUUCCACAGUAUCUUGAAUAAGAUCCCAUGUUUGUGCGGGGUUCUUUUCAAUACUUCCAUACCCUUCUGGUUCAACUCUCUCUCUCUCUCUCUCAUAAGAUCCCUUGUUUGUCCAUCCGAAAUUUUGGAAUGCGGAUCUCUUGUUGUAAAAGGAAACCCUUUGGUCUUAUUGGUAUUGUUUUUUAUUCUUUUUAUUUUUAAA